GGUUUUUUGGGAAUUAAAACAAACCUUUCUUGCUUUGGUGAACAGAUAGAUGGCUCUUCCCUUGCUGGUACUCCUGUUCCUUCUCUCGCUGCCCCUCCAUCCCCAUCGCUCUUACGCCGCCGAUUCCCUCUCCGGAAACCAGUCUCUCUCCGGCGACCAAAAGAUCACAUCCAAAGGAGGUAAAUUUGUUCUCGGUUUCUUCCCUUUAGGAAACUCCCCUAAAAGAUAUUACAUAGGCAUCUGGUACAACACCAACACGGUCUCCAAACUCACCCCCGUCUGGGUUGCGAACAGAGACACCCCUGUCUUUGAUUUCUCCUUAUCCGAGCUCAAACUCUCCGAAGAUGGCAACCUGGUCCUCCUCAACCAGUCAAAAUCCCAACUUUGGUCAACAGGGACUAAAAUCACCUCAAAUACCACCAUAGCCGUGCUCCUCGAUUCCGGGAAUUUGGUUCUCCAAGAUGGCUCCGAUGCCUCCCGUGUCCUAUGGCAGAGUUUUGAUCAUCCCACAGACACCUGGCUUCCCGGCGGCAAGCUUGGACUCAACAAGCUCAGCGGUGAGAAUCAGCACCUGACAGCUUGGAGGAAUGCUGAGGACCCUGCUCACGGAUUCUUCUACCUUGAAAUCGACCCUAGCGGGAGCAGUCAAUACUUCAUCCUGUGGAAUGGCACCAAAACUUACUGGUCUAGUGGUGUUUGGAAUGACAAAAUCUUUAGUCGUGUACCGGAAAUGACUUCUAAUUAUGUUUAUAAUUUUCAGUAUGUAAACAAUGCUUCUGCGAAUUACUUCACUUAUACUGUUAAUACUGAUGAUGUAAUAUCAAGGUUCAUCAUGGAUUACUCGGGGCAGAUCAAGCAGUGGACUUGGCUACCUGCUGCUCAGAACUGGAUAUUGUUUUGGUCCCAACCGAGAGCACAGUGCGAGGUGUAUGCGCUUUGUGGCUCUUUCGGCAGCUGCAAUGAGAAAAAGUUGCCAUUUUGUGGUUGCGUUAAGGGUUUCAGGGAGAGGUCACCCGAGGAGUGGGACUUAGGCGAUCAGAGUGGGGGUUGUGUGAGGAAUACUCCAUUGCAAUGCGGAGGAAGUAGUUCUGUAGGAAUGGAGAAGGAUAAGUUUUAUCAGAUGGACAGAGUGAGGUUGCCUACUAAUCCUGAGAGUGCUGAGGCCGGGAGUAGUUCAGAGUGUGAGUCAGCUUGUUUGAAUAAUUGUUCAUGCACUGCUUAUUCCUAUAGUUCUAAAUGCUCUUUGUGGUUUAGAAAUUUACUAAACAUCCAAGAAGAGUAUGAUGGAGCCGAUCAAUCAACUUUUUUCCUCCGUCUAGCCGCAUCCGAGCUUCCUGGUUCUUCGAGCAAGAAAGGAGGAAUUAUUGGUGCAGCUGUUGGUGGUGUCAUGGGAUUAUUGGCACUGUUGGCUAUUAUUUGGCUGAUAAUUUGGAGACAACAUAGGAGGAGAAUAAUUGGUGCGGCAAAAUCUGCUGCAGAUGGCAUUUUGGUGGCAUUCAGAUACAGCGAUUUGCAACGCGUGACUGGGAAUUUCUCAGACAAACUUGGAAGUGGAGGGUUUGGAUCAGUGUAUAAAGGGGUCCUACCUGAUUCAAGUUUCAUUGCUGUGAAGAAGCUAACGGAUCUUAGCCAAGGGGAGAAGCAGUUUCGGGCUGAGGUGAGCACGAUUGGAAAAAUCCAACAGAUCAACCUGAUUCGUCUCCUUGGUUUUUGUGCUGAUCAAAGCAAUAAGUGUUUGGUCUAUGAGUUCAUGCCCAAUAGUUCUCUUGAUGUUCAAUUAUUUCAUGGCAGUAAAACUGAUUUAGACUGGGGCAGAAGGUAUCUUAUUGCUCUCGGAACUGCUAGAGGCCUGGUUUAUCUGCAUGAGAAGUGUAGGGACUGUAUCAUACAUUGUGAUAUAAAGCCAGAGAACAUACUCUUGGAUGCUUCUUUUAUUCCAAAAGUUGCGGACUUUGGCCUAUCAAAACUUGUAGGAAGGGACCUUAGUCGUGUUUUGACUACAAUGAGAGGAACGAGAGGAUAUCUUGCUCCGGAGUGGAUCUCCGGUGUUGCUAUCACUGCAAAAGCAGAUGUUUAUAGCUACGGAAUGAUGCUUUUUGAAAUUAUAUCUGGUAAGAGAAACACAGACCAUUGGGUGGAUAAUAAAGCGGGGUUCUUUCCUGCUUCUGCCAUGAAAAACCUGUUGGCUGGGGAUAUUCUUAGUUUGUUGGAUCCAAGGUUGGAGGGCGAUGCGGAGAUUGCAGAGGUGGAGAGAGCUUGUAAAGUUGCUUAUUGGUGCAUUCAGGAUGAAGAGAUGUAUAGGCCGACCAUGGGACAGGUGUUACAGAUGCUUGAGGGAAUGGUGGAGAUUAGCAUGCCUCCAGUUCCAAAAUCUCUUCAGGUAUAUUCUGGGCAACCGGAACGAAUCGUAUUCUUCUCAGAUUCAAUACUUGAUCAAAGCGAUCAAACGAUGGGUACAUUUUUCUCAAGUCAACUAGGGAGUUCAAGUUCAACAAAUUUGAAGGAGUAAGCUAAGAGAAACCAUUAGGACUACAUCUUGAUUAGUUUUCAGAAUUAUAGUGUUACAAAUAUAAGCAUCUACAGUUCAGCUCUCCAAGUUGCCUUGGAGUUUGGCGUAAUGCCAUAUAUCUCCUUAUUGUUUACGUCUCAUUGUUUAAUGCAUAAUUGUCUAAAAUACUUUUUAGUAAAUGUCUUGUGUCUAAACGUUAAAAAAAAAUGAUUUUGUUAGCUAUAUGUAUGUUAUGAGGUUAGGAAGAGGCAUUUUAAAUGUCAUUUCUUUAUUGAUCUUCAAUUCUGUAAAAAAUC